UGAUUGCAGCAAAGAUGUGGAUACGAAGAAGUGUUAGGGUUUCUCUUCUUCCUUCCAUUGCCAAGUUUCCUCCUUUUCUUCCAAUUCAUAAUUCCCUCUUUUGUACUCACUCUCAUACUUCCUUACACGACGAAGCGGUUUCACAAUUCAAUAGCUUGCUUCAUAAGCGUCAUGUUCCUCCCGUCUUCGAAUUUGGAAAGAUUUUGGGAUUUCUUGUGAGGAUAAAGCGGUACCCUAUUGCUAUUUCUCUUAUUAAACAAAUGGAGCUCAAGGGAAUUCACAAUGACCUUGUUAAUUUCAGCCUCCUCAUGAAUUGUUUCUGUCAUUUAGACAAAUUGGCUUUCGCUUUCUCUGUAUUUGCCAAGAUUCUCAAACGGGGUUAUCAUCCCGAUGCCAUAACCAUAAAUACACUCUUGAGAGGUCUCUGUGAUAAGGGUGAGGUCAAGGAAGCCCUCAACCUUCACGACAAAGUAGUAGCACUAGGAUUUCCUCUCAGCCAAUUUACUUAUGGGAUUCUGAUCAAUGGACUGUGCAAAAUAGGAGAAACUGAAGCCGCAAUCAAAGUCCAAUCAGAACGGUUCAAGCAUAUUAUCUCACUUCAUAACAUGGAGAUGAUCAAGCUGAAGUCUAAAAGAACUAGAGAUAUACCACUUCUUGUGUGUAUGAAGGAUCGUGGCACAACUUCCUUUCAUUCAAAUGUGAUUAUACAUAACCAGCUGAUAAAGUUCUUACUUAGUUAUAUAUGUUGAAAUUACAUAAUUACAAUGAUAAAGUUCUUAGAUUAGUUACAUAGCCAUAUAUAGAACUCAAAUAUUGUAUUUGCUGUUGAGUUAAGGUUGCUGAAGACUAAUCUAUAGUUUCAACCUCCUUGACAAUGGUAGUGGCACCAAGUGCAUGGCUGUCAGAGUUGGAAACCAAAGUAUUCAAAAAAGUCAAAUAGUGGCAAUAACUGUUGAGUUUAAGUCCUCUUUGUGUAAAGUCCUUAACGAAGAGCUCACAAGCCUUGGAGAAAAUAAUUGGAGUGUCCUCUGAUAUCAUUUUAACAUCCUCCCUGGUUUCCUUCCAGAUAUCCCUCCACACAGUAACCCUGAA